AUGAACCGAACUGGUCCCUUCGCGUCAGGUACAUGCAAUGCUCUCCUCUUCAGCCCGGACCUUGUCCUCUAUCCUGGCAACCACUUCUCCACGCUCACAGUCCUUAAAACUCCAUUUCCUCGUGGUAGUGUACAUAUCGUAUCUGCAGAUCCCACCGUCUACCCGUCCAUCGAUCCAAACUAUCCCUCCCACCCUCUCGACCUCAUCGUCAUCUCACAAGCUAUGUUGCAUUUACAGCAAGUCGCUGGCACGGCACCACUACCGACGCAUCUUAAGGAAGGUGGUCAUGUCGUCCAGCCAGGCUUCCAUGAGCUUGACGAGCAGAAUGUGGAGGCUUUUGUGAGGAACAGUUUCAGCAGUGAGUAUCACCCGAUCGGUACCUGCGCUAUGGGACCGAGGGAGGAGGGUUCAGUGGUAAGUGAGAGGAUGGCGGUGCAUGGAACGAGGCGUUUGAGGGUUUUGGAUGCGAGUGUCUUCCCUUUGCAGGGGAUGCGCGGGUUGAAGAGGACUUUGGUGGUGCUGGGGGUUGCGAAGAGAGGGAGGAGGAGAAGGAGUGGCAGGAUCAUUGGGGGGUGGUUGAUGUUUGGGGAGGGGGGCGGGGGGGGCUCUGAUGGGGAGGUGGGAUGGAGUUGGGAGACUGGGAUAGGGUGGGAGUUGCGCGAUAGGAUCUUUCUGAACGAAUUGAGCCGAUCGCUCGUCGCAAAGACUGGGGUUAUAGAAAUGGCGCUUGUUCAGCGAUGGGAGCGACAUUCGGAGAUUUGUCUUUCCACCAUCGACGAUACUCUGUGGCAUUCAGACGUGUGA